AUGACUGUCAACGCCAUUGUCACCGAUCCUUCCUUAAAACUAGCACUAGAAACUUCCAAGCAGGCCUGCGACCAAGCAACCGCGCUCCUGGAUCUGGUUUCCGGCCACUCAUCCUCCUCACCACCAUCUCAGGAUUUUCAACUCCAGAUCUCCCGACAGCAGAAGCUACUCAUCGCAUACCUAGCACAACUACGCGGUUUCCAUCGCGAUGCGCAGUUUGGCGCAAGAGAAACGAAGACUUUGACCGCCGAGGCGCGUCAAGAAGUCGACAGGCUACAUCUCCAACUUCAAAACUUGUAUUAUGAGCAACGGCAUCUGCAGGGAGAGAUCGCUGGCUGCGAGUCUUAUGAUCACAAAUAUAGAACUCUAGAUUUAGUACCCGUGGAACAAUUCGUGGCCGAACACCAAGAGUAUGCAGAUGCUGACGAAACGGCUUUGACGAUUGCCCGCAUCGAUAACGAGCAUGCCGAACGGUUGGCGCUCGAAGAACAGAGGCAAGGGCUGCUGAAGAAGAAACAAGGGCUCAUUGCGGAUAAUAAGAAGAGAAAAGAUGACUUGGCAAAUCUGGAUAAGGACCUAGAGAAGUUUAUUGAUGCUGCGAAACCGAUCCAGAAGACGUUCGAGAAGGUAGUUUGA